ACUGCAUGUAGACACUUGUGUUCAAGACUUAUCUGUCACUUGUCAUCCUGAAUUGUGCGAGUCUGGUCCAGUCUUCCGUCAUGCAAGGGUGCUUGCUGGUCUUGAUGUUGCUGGCCUGCAGCUGCCAAGCGUUUAACUACAUGGGCACAGCCUUUACCCACCAUCCCCUGAAGGACUCUGACACCACGACCGUCGUUCGCUACAAGUUGGCCUUCCAGGAGUGCGGCAAUGUCACCGUGGUGGACUGUCCGCUGGACAACUGCACGGUCAACGUGGUGUCUGUGAACAGGGUGGACGAGAACAGCGGAGUGUGGUGUCAGGAUGAAGUGAUCGUGCAUGUGGACAUCCCAGAUAAUUUUACGCUGAACCUGGAUGGCCUCAAGUGGAUCAAUGUCGCCAAUAACGUCACGGAUGUACUGGCCGUUACACACGCCGACGUGAGGAUCAGGUCCGACACCGGCCGGCCAAAUAUGUCCCCCCGGGGCACCAUGAUUCCCUUGUACAGGGUACCGUCCAACUGCUUUAUCCAAUCGAGGAUGCCCAUCUUUGACUCAGACGGAGAUGAAGUGGAAUGUUUCCCUUUAAACCCUGACAACAACCCGGAUAUUUUAAAAAUCGUUGACGGUUGUUUCCUAAACUUCGUGCCCAUCUUCAACGACAGCAGCGUGGAAGGCACGUACGCCGUGCAGGUGGUCAUGGCGGACAUCGCUCGUCAAGACUUGACUCUAACCGACGCCGCGGGGAACGAGAAGUUUUUCCACAAAUUUGGAACCAUCAGUGAAGUCCCCGUCCAGUUUGUUCUGAAGGUGGAUCCACCAGUGGAGUCGUGCUAUGAGGGAGAAUACCUGCCCUUGUUUUUAUAUCCUACGCCUCAAGCCGAAGAUCAUCUCUAUGCCUUUGUCAACCGGACCCUGGAGAUUAAGAUCUAUGCAAAAGCGGAGAAAUCGACGAUCACACAACUGCUGUUCAGCGGGCCGGCCGGCGUAACGAAAACGUCAUUGGGCGGCGGGAAUUUUGUUCUGGCCUGGACGCCGACUCCAGACGAUUCAGGUCUUCGUCAGGCCAUCUGCUUCGUUGUUGAAGCGACUCUAGAUGAUACCAUAUUUCAAUCGAAGAUGCGCUGUGUCAUCGUGGCAGUGGACCACUCGCUUUUGGCCCUGAAUGCCAAAUUCCUGUCCCGAAGCUUCCAUCCCCUCUUCGAUAUCAAGCAGAUCGCCUUACCGCGGCUGAAGAAGGAGCUGGUGGAUCGAGGGCUGCCCCCUGACAUCACGCUGAAAGUGGUAGACUUCAAGGAGAAGAAGACUCAUGAAACGUGAUCAUUCACUCUUAUCAUCUCACAGCAUCUUUUUUUUUUCACUUCACAUGCCUCAACAAAAACCCAGAUCAUUCUGAAAAUGUAUUUUAGUUUUGCAAUGUCACUAAUGUAUCAGGUGACUUUUCAGUUUAUAUGGUGAAAUUAUUUUAUUCACUGUAAAUAUUUGCACAAAGUUGCACUUUUACUUUAUUUCAACCAUUUGUAUAGUGAAAAUGGCUCUGCUGUGUUGACAGUGCCACUUUAUGAGAUUUAAGUUUUGAUAAAGCUACAGCAGUGACAUGACUUAAGUGUUUUUGUUUUUUUCCGGUCUUUUUUUCUUUGCUGAACAGUGAAUGGAGUGUUUUCAGAAGUCAGUAUCAAUCAAGCAAAUUGCAUCCUUG